GCCUGGCUGUCACAGUGAGCGGGUGGAGUGUAAAUACUGUUACCAGAACUAUUUUACUGCAAUAUUACGUUUGCAAGACAAUACAGCGGUAGAGUUUGUGUUCAUACGGCUUAUUACCACCGUCUUUUUAGCGUCUGGAGUGUGGCAGCCUUGUAGGAAGAAGCUGGUUACUGUACGACACUCUGGGCGGACGAUGGAGACUGGCAUUUGGCACCUCACUGACAGCUGGCAAGGCGCGCAGUGUGGGUCGAGACAAGAGGGGAGGUGUAUAACGUCGCUUCUCGUAACAGUAUUUUCAUGAUGGUCGAGGCACAAGGCCCGCCCAGCCGUACUGCUCGGCCAGCUAAGCCCCAGAGUGCCGGCAAGACGCAGAAGGAGGUGCUGGAGGUGGUGAACGAGGAGAUCCUGACCCUGUAUGAGCUGCUGGAGAGGCAAGGGCUGACGGGGCGGCAGUGGGAGGAGGUGACGCAGCCCCUGGUGGAUGCCGUCAACAAGGCGAGCUUCAAGAGGCGCUUCACCCUCGCCUGCAGAGCCUUCGUCAUCACCACAGCACUCCUCCUCUUCUUUUACCUCCUCCUCCAGGUGACGUGGGUGCAGAAAAUUGGCACAGUUGCAUUCCGAAACUUCCUGCUAAUGCUGCUGCCUCGGUGGGACUGGACACGCAUCUACUACUCUGACUGCUUCAUCACCAACCCGUACUACGUGAGCCGCACCCUGCUGGAGGAGGACUGCAAUGUGUGUGAGUCCCUGGAGCGCCUGGACCGUCUGGCCAACGUGUCAUCCCUGGUGGUGUCGGAGGACUACCUGAAGAAUGAUGUGCCCUUCAUCGUGACAGACGCCAUGGAGGACUGGCCUGUCAUGAACACUGAUGACUUCUGGUUCGAUAAUGUGACUGAGAUGUACCUUGGAGAGGAGCUGAAGGGAGUCUACCCGUGUGAGCUGACCUCCAACCUGCGUCUGCGUCCUGAUGAUCUGCGCAGUUUCCUCAAGAAGAUACACAACCCUGACAUUCACCGCUGGUACGGACAUUGGGAGAACUGCAACAAGAAGGCAGCGAAGGCCCUACGUCAGCUGUAUCGCCGGCCUUAUUUCAUCCCGCACAUGGUGGACCUCUCAGACUCCAACUGGGUGCUCAUCUCCUCAGACUUCAAGGGCAAGGUGUAUAAAGAGGUGAACUUCCAGACGGAGCUGCUGUGGGUGGGGCAGGUGCGGGGCUGGAGUCGCAUCAGGUUGGUGCCCCGGGAACCCUGCGACUCCUUCUGCCCUGAGCUGCUGGACGACCUGCUGGAGGGACAGAUGGUGGUCGUCACCAACAUGCUGUGGAAGUUUGAGUAUAUUCCCGGGGAGCACACAGACAACCUGGCGGUGGCUGUGGGUGGAUUCUGGACCUAGCUCACCCAGGCCCAACACUCUCACGUCUGGAUGAUAGGGAAAAAUUUAAUAAUUCUCAAAGUAUUAGCGAUAUAUAAAUGUGUUCGUAUAAGAAGUAUUUGUACAUGUAUGACUAGUGGAGUGGUCAGCGGUCACUUCACUCUAAGCUCUCUACCUUGUGUGCUGUCGAGUACCUUCACCUUUCAGGACGAUGGGAAGGGAAGGCUGAAAUUGUUGUCUUUGUAAAGUAAGUCAUGAAAAGGUUGUAGAUCUAAAACUUUUCUCAUUUGCUCUCUAUGGAAGUCAAAGUGAUUUUUUUUAUUGGCAGAUUUGUCAUUUUAUCUUUAACGUUUUGUUUCACUUCUUCAGGUGAAAGCAUACAUAUACAUAAGUCAUUUUAUCUUUUACCAUAGUUAUUACCGCUAUUCAUUUCGCACGUUUCCAUUGGAGAAUAUUUACCAUUAGUCAUUAUUUUGUCUAUUACACAUACUUUUUUUUACAUCUUAAGCUUAAAAAUACUGUACAAGCAUUAGCUUGCAUCAUUACUACAAGAGGUGUUUGCAGUCAAUCAUUUCAUCCAUUACAUAACUGUUCUCAGUGAAAUGACUUAAAUAUUAUGCUCCAGUUUUAUUAUGAAAACAUUUACCAUCAGCCAUUAUUUCAUCCACUACACGUUUUCUUCAGCAAGUUAAGUUACGAAUAUCCAUGCAUUCUGUUCCGCGUCAUUGGUUCAUUCAUCGAGUCAUUCCCUCUCAGCGGUGAUACAGUGAGCUAGUCAGACGUAUUCCAUUUGUGAUGAGAUUUCACUUCAGUAUGAGUCACUAGGAGUAUUCCAGAGUUUGUGUUUUCUUUCCCAAGUGAAAAGACUCAGAGUUAAAUGUAGACAUGAUUACAUUUGUAUAUUACUAGGUGUACAAAAUUACCUGUACUUUGUGUCAUCAACUUGCACAGUACCACCUUUGGACACGGGAAGAUGGUAACACUGCCGCCACUGACUGGUGCUCUCACUCACUGGUUGGUCAGGAUGUUUCAGCGUUGCAUUUAAACGUGUAACAAACUAAUGUAUUUCUGCCUGUCUACUUAAUUAUGAGUUACUGAAUUGUCACAUGAACACUUUCUGGUGUUUUAUAACUUAAUCAUGAUUUUGGUAGAAAUAAGAGAUUUAUGAUGCAUUUUGAAACAAGAUAGAUGUGAGUAGCAGCAUCAGUGUUGUCAUGGUCACUUCCUCAGAGGGCAAGGUUGCUGUGACAGUUGGUGAAGCAAAGCACAGUUCAGCUUCAGCAAAGAAAUAUAACUGAAAGACAUUUUUAAUUAACAUUUAACACUUUGGAAAGACCAAGAUUUAUCUAAAUCUAUGCAUGAUUCUAUUUAUUCAGUAUUAAUUACAAAAGAAGAAAUCUAACUAGUACACCUUUAGUCAAGAAAUACAAUUAACUCAUAUUGCUACAUAUUGAGACAAACAUAACUCAAUUAAAACAAUUACCAUGAAUAUGUUUAGUCACAAUGUACACCUUUACUUCAAAGAAAUACAAUCUAUAGACAAAUAUUUAACCAAGACUUCCAUUGAUACUGGACAAAAAAAGCCAUAAAGUUUAAAGUUACUACCAAUACUUUAGUCACAAUAUAUAUUUACCUCUGAUCUCAUGUGUGUGAUAACUAUACUAGGACAAGAAAUCAAAUAUAUUCCUUUAACUCUGGAAAUAAACAACCAUGACAUUUGAAA